ACUUUGAACAAAAAGGCUCCCCUCUCUUCCUUUAGGACCUCACAGUCUGGACGUUUUAGUUAAACUUGAGGGCAACUUAAGAGGCUCAUGUUCUGUCCGUUGAUUUGGGGCAGGCGAAUGAAAUCAAAGUAUGAUUUGGAAGGAAUAAAACACCCAAACCCUUUGCCUGAUAAUUAAACGGAUUUAUUUCUUUAACAAACAGUCUCUGGUGGAAGAGAAGAUCUGAAGUCUUCGGUCGGUUGAAUGUCCUCCUCAUAAGCUAUGGAUCUAGAACGACAGAAGCGCAAAGAAGAAAUUCAGAAAGCUUUGGGAUUCAUUCAAUCAUCUUUGCCUUUCCCAGAACCUGAACGUUAUGAGGCAUUCCUGACUCAGCUAGUAUGUAAUUUGCUGGAUGAAGGUAACACCGUAUAUCGUGAUGGAGAGUGGAGACAGGCAGCGCUCCAUUACAGCGAGGGUGUGAAUGUAGCUCGAUAUGCUCAGUCUGAAGCACUGGUCAUCCCCCCUGAGCUGUUAGAGAGCCUUUAUGUGAACCGGGCAGCUGCGCAUUAUAGUCUGGGGGAGUAUGAGCGGGGCGUGCAGGACUGUGAUAGCGCACUGUGCGUGUCGGAGGGCAGUCGCAGGGCGCUCUACAGGAAGGCACUUUGUCUGAGGGAGCUGGGCAGACUCAGAGAAGCUUAUGAGUGUGGCACCGGAUGCCUAUUAACUGCCCCUCACGACCGGCAAGUCAGUGAGCUUGCUCAGGAUCUAGCUAACAAACUUGGUUUGAAAAUCCGCAAAGCAUACGUCAGCCCUCAGCUCGAUUCUACAUCAUCUGCGACCGACAGCAAUGGAGAAACUAAUUCUCCUACAGGGGAGACCUCCUCAAAUGGUCUUGAGUCUUUGACUGAUAUCGGAUCAGAUUUAACAAGUGCCCAGUGCAUCCCCGCUCCUCUGGCUACACCGAUCCCAGUAAGUGAUGACCCACAGAUGCCCUCACUGAGCCCAGUUGUGCCCCAAGAUAUGCCAGAAAGCCCGAGCCAGGAGCCAUCGGGGCGGGUGCCGUACUCUGUACCUGUAUCUGAACACAUGGGUGAAUGUGUGAUGAAUGAGGACACUUCAUGUCUGGACACGUUGCUGGAAAGUAUUCCCAAAGGAGCUGAGGUCAGCGUGAACCCAGUUCAAGGGGCCAUUCCCACUAACCUACCAAACACUGCUGUGGGCUUGAGGCCCCCGUACUCUCCGGGUCUCCCAGAAUCCUCCCCUCAGCUCACGACUCAAUAUUUAAAAUCUGCUGUCAGUCCUCUCCCCCCACUGGAGUCCUCCUCAGUGCUAGGUCAAAGCGAAGCCUCUUCCCAGACGAUGGACUCCCUCGGCUCCUUUAGCUCUGGAGCUGGAGAUGCUGCUGGGAAGGGGUGGUCUGGAUCACUAAUCUCAGGAGGACUGGAUUCCCUUUCUGAGUACACACUUCCCGGUGGACGAAUCUCUCACAGUUUCAUCCCCAGCUUGCGGAAUCAUAAUGCCUCCAAUGCACAGAAUGGACCAGUUGGUACCAAUCUUUCUCUGCUGUCACGAAACCCUCUGGCUGCCACACAUGAGUUCAGACAGGCCUGCAAUGCUUGCUACAGUCGCAUAGGGCCACGGGUCAUGGACUACCAUUAUCAACCUGAUGCAGCGCAUCGCUGUAAGAGAGAUGUGCUGCUCUGUCGCCUCAGAUCCUCAGAUGACCCCACCUGGAAGAGGGUGCGACCCCGUCCUGCUCGUAAUAACUUCCUUGGGGCCUUUGUUCUCUGCAAAGAGGUACAAGAGCGUCAGGAGUGCCAGUAUGGUGAAAACUGCACUUUUGCUUAUUGCCAAGAGGAGAUAGAUAUUUGGACACAAGAGAGGAAGGGAGCUCUAAGUCGUGAGCUUCUGUUUGACCCUCUGGGCACUAACGAACGACGGGCCCUCAGUGUCACCCGUCUCCUUCAGCUCCACAUGGGCAUGUUUAUGUUCCUCUGUGAGGAAUGUUUUGACAGUAAGCCUCGUAUCAUUAGCAAGAGAAGCAAGGAGAAUCUCGCAGUGUGUUCCAACCUCACUGCAAGACAUCCAUUUGAUGAUAACAAGUGCCUGGUGCACGUGGUUCGCUCGGCAAACGUGCGCUACAGUAAAAUACGCUCUCUUCACCCACUCUGCCAGUUUGACGUGUGCCGCCAUGAGGUGCGAUAUGGCUGCCAGCGAGAGGACAGUUGCUCCUUUGCACAUUCAGUCAUAGAACUCAAGUGUUGGGUGCUUCAGCAGGACACAGGUAUUACCCAUGAGGAGAUGGUGCAAGAGUCUAAGAGACACUGGCACAGAUUGGAACAGAAUGCACAGAGACAGAAGCCCAUGCUCGGGCCCCACCAGCCCAGCGGGAGCAGCAGUAACAGCAGUGCUGUCAGCGCUAGUGCUGUGGUCUCCGGAGGAGGAGAUGGCGGCCUCGGGGGCGGGAGCACAGGAGGAGGUGGAGGAGGACUUGUAGGAUGCGGUCGGGGGCGCGGCUUGAAUCUGAAGAUGAAGUUUGUCUGUGGACAGUGUUGGAGGGAGGGCCAGGUCAAUGAGCCAGACAAGUCCCUGAAGUACUGCACCGCCAAAGCCAGGCACAGCUGGACAAAAGAGCGCAGAGUGUUGCUUGUGAAAUCAUUUGAGAAGAAAAAGUGGGUGGUAGUGCGACCGCUGCCUUUUUCCCGUACCUACCCCCAACAAUAUGAUAUGUGUGUUCAUGUCAUGAAACAGAAGAAGUGCCACUAUAUUGGGAACUGUUCUUUUGCACACAGUUUGGAGGAGCGGGAUGUGUGGACCUACAUGAAAAAUAACAGCUUGAGAGACAUGCAGCAGAUGUACGAGAUGUGGCUUUCACUGACCAAUCAGAACCGGCGUGCAGACAGCAACCUAAUGACUCCACCCCCAGAGGAAAAACAGAUCGCCAUGCCAACUGACUAUUCUGAGUCAAUGAUUUAUCAGUGUUCUUUUUGACAGGUUGGGCGACGGCUGUCUGGUGGUGGAGGGGAUCUGUGACCUGGGCGGUCUGGAUGAGGCUUCAUGUUCAGAUGUCCGCUUCUAAGGCCCUUUCUCACUCUUUAAGUGCCACUCUGGGAAGUACCACGCUCUGAGGCCCUUUAGGGCAGAGCGCCUGUCUAUAGGAUUAACACCGUGAUUGUUGCCACAUACACACCCCCCACAUGCUUUUUCACCCAUUAUCAAACACAUUCGCCCCCUCACUGACAUGACACUUGGCACAGGCUCAUAGGGUGUAUGUGAGUUUACACUGACUCAUCUAAGGGCAGUUUGUUUUUAUGUUCCCUAAACACAUUUCUGAGGAGUUGAAGAUCUAUUCCCACAGUGCUUUUUAAACUCGAAACCAAAACAGACUGUGUGUCCCCCAAAUUAAAUCAAAUCACCUCCCAUGAAGGCCACUCAUGUUUCAGUCAAGUAUGUGGUGUGAGAUAUCAGAUUGAAGUUAUGAAGUGCUGCUUAACCCUGUGUUCCUGCCAUAUUGGUAGAAGAGUUUGAAUGUACAGCCAUAAGUGGCCACUUACAACAAAUUUGAGAUUUGUUUGGAUGUCGAAUGUAUUUGAUAAAACCAAGGCAAUUAAUAAUGGACUAAGUAAGUAAAAACCACCCCAACUUGCAUAAUGCCAGUCACAGGUCUUGCACUGACACACACACACACACACACACACACACACACACACACACACACACAUUUCCUCAUUCUUUCCAUUUGCACUGAGUGACAGUUUGGCAGUGCUUGAUAAAGAAGAUAGUGCGCACACAAGGGCUGUUCGUAGUCUUGAGUGAUCUGACAAUUUGGACUGAAAAUACACUUUGUAUUCAUUUUUCUUUUUCUUUGGAAGAGUGUUUGGAGGUUGGAAGAUGCUUCCGUGAUUGUUCAUUCAAGAUAUCAGAUUGGGAUUUGAAGUGCAUAAUCUGUAACACCCAUAACAUGCUACUAGGAGACUCUCGUUCACCACAGUUCAAAAAUAGCUCAUUAGUUCUAUAUAUAU